AUGAUGGAAAGACGAGCCUCGUCAUCCGAGCGUACCCCGCUCAUUGUGCCAACCGAUCCUGGUCCGAAAACCAGUGCUGCUCUUGCUACUGGGCUCAAUGACGUUGAAUUGAUUGGACUUCUUAUAGCGACCAACAUGUCAAUGAUGACCACUGCCCAAUCUUACAUCGCAGCCGAUCUGGAUGCCUUUGCAGAAGCGACUUGGUUCACAUCGGCUUACAUGAUCGCAAUGUCCAGCGUUACGCCCUUAUCUGGACGACUGUCGGGCAUCUUCACCCCGCGACUCUAUGUUAUCUUUUCGGGCUUCUUUUUAGCCGCAGGCCUAUUUAUCACCGCCGCUGCUCCAACCUUGGCAGUCUUUCUUCUCGGUCGAGUCGUUACAGGCGUUGGUAGUGGCGGGCUGAUGAGCUCAGCCAUUAUCUUGGUUCUAGAUCUUGCAAGCCCGAAACGACGAGGCUUGUUUAUUGGCCUCAUCAAUGCUGGCUACACGACGGGUGUAGCUUCAGGCGCUGUUCUUGCCGGCCUAUUGACGCCGAUAGUCGGAUGGCGCUUAUUGUUUUGGAUCCAGGCUCCUGCGGCAUUGGUGUUAGGCCCUCUACUCUUCUUGGCUCUUCCGACUUCCUCAAAUGAUCGUGGCGCUCUAACAGGAAGUGCUCUGCGGGCCAGUCUUGCCCGAGUCGACUAUGCAGGCUCUUUGACUUUGACACUCUCGGUCGUUCUCAUGCUUUCCAGUCUGGCCUCGCCUCAAAUUCCUCUUUGGCCUAUCCCACUCUCGCUAUUUAUGUUUGGGUCUUUUAUUCUCAUUGAAUCAAAGUGGACCACUGAGCCCGUCAUUCCCGUGCGACUCUUGCGGAAUCGCAGCGUGUUGAUGACAUGUAUUGCGGCCCUGGGCAUGAUGAUGGCUCGCUGGGCCGUUCUAUUUUUCACCCCCGCUUAUGCGAUUGCUGUCCGAGGGUGGUCCCCUGCUUCAGCUGGGCUUCUUCUGGUCCCAACUAAUGCUGGCUUCGGAACGGGCGGCCUGCUUGUCGGAUGGCUGCAUAUACGCAAAGCGAACAGCUACUACAUCUCCUGUCUGAUUAUAUUUUUCCUCUUUGCAAUGGCCACUGCGGCCCUCGCUUUCCUCUCUACGCCAACUUCUUCUGCAGUUCUCUACAUGUUCGUCACUUUUCUAGACGGUCUCUUUGCCGGGUCUCUGAUGAACUAUACUCUGUCUCACGUGCUCCACAUGACCAACCCCGAGUCACAUUAUAUCGUGACUUCACUUGUGGCAAUGUCUCGAGGUUUUGCAGGGAGUUUCGGAUCAGCCAUUGGGGGCGGAUUCUUCGCUCGGGUGCUCAAAGGUUCCUUGGAAACGGGUUUUUCUCAACACGGGUUAUCCCCUCGACCGGAACUGGUGCGUACUUUGCUGGGUAGCCCAGCGACCGUCCUGAAUUUGAGCGGCCUCGAGCGGCUGGUCGCUAUCCAGAGCUACGAAUACGCAACACGCAUGCUGUUCCUGGCGGGUAGUGCGCUGGCCCUGGCAGCCACUGUAUUUCAGGCGGGAACUGGAUGGCGUGCGAGGGCAGAUGACAAGAGACAAGAUUCCAAUGCUUCGGAUGAGGAAUCUUAA